UCCAGCCUCGGUGGUCGCGAUGCUCUCGGUUCCUGCGUUUCUGAUGUCUUCCAAGCGACCAGCCUCUCCAUAUGGGGGGACAGAUGGAGAGGUAACCAUGGCAACCAGCAGACAGCGAAUGGAGGAUGAGGAUGGCGAGGGACUGGGCGGUGUCAUCCACCUCCCCCUGGUCUCCUACUGCGGCAAGGUGUCCCCUCGCUCGCCCCCCAACCGCAACUUGGACAGCCCCCCCAACACGGAGCAGGACGGCACUAAGGGGAGCUCUCUGAGUCCUUACCCCCAGCACAAUGCUACCUCACCGGGCAAAGAGGACGGCGGAGGCGGAGGGCGGCCCUGCAGCGACGGCGGCUCGGCCACGGGCACCCUGGGGACGCCCGAGAGACGCAAGGGCAGCCUGGCAGACGUGGUGGACACACUGAAACAGCGCAAGAUGGAGGAGCUGAUCAAGAACGAGCCAGAAGAGGCCCCCAGCAUUGAGAGGCUGUUGUCAAAGGACUGGAAGGAUAAACUUUUGGCCAUGGGCUCAGGGCACAUCGGAGAAAUUAAAGGUACCGCGGACAGCCUGGCGGAGAAAGAGCGCCAACUCAUGGGCAUGAUCGGCCAGUUGAGCAGCCUGAGGGAGCAGCUCCUGGCGGCCCACGAGGAGCAGAAGAAGCUGGCCGCCUCGCAGAUGGAGAAGCAGAGGCAGCAGAUGGAGCUGGCCAAGCAGCAGCAGGACCAGAUUGCCCGGCAACAGCAGCAGCUUCUGCAGCAGCAACACAAAAUCAACCUCCUGCAGCAACAAAUCCAGCAGGUCCAGGGCCAGCUCCCUCCGCUGAUGAUCCCCGUCUUUCCUCCGGACCAGCGGACUCUGGCGGCGGCGGCGGCCCAGCAAGGCUUCCUCAUGCCCCCUGGCUUCAACUACAAGCCUGGCUGCAGCGACCCCUACCCUCUCCAGCUCAUCCCCACAACAAUGGCUGCCGCCGCCGCCGCUGCCUCGCCAGGCCUGGGACAACUCCAGCUCCAGCAGUUGUACGCAGCUCAGCUGGCGGCCAUGCAGGUUUCCCCGGGCAAGCAGCACGGAGGCAGCCUGCCACCGCAAGGCAACCUGGGCACACACUCCCCGCCCACCAACACACACUCACAGAGCGAGAAGGGCCGCAGCUCCCCACUACCAAACAAGGCCAAGGACAGUGAGGGUGCACAGCCACUGAACCUGUCGGCCAAGCCUAAGGCAUCCGAGAGCAAGUCACCCAACUCCCCCCCAACUUCCCCACAGGUCGCUGCUGCCGCUGCCGCCAAGCUGGGCUCCGCCGGCUCCAUGAAGCACAGCGUCGCCCCCUCCAGCAUCGGAGGUCCACCGUCCAGAGCUAGCUCGAUAGCAGACUUGUUGUCCUCGCUGUCCACGACCGCCUACCUGAACGACCACGAGGCUGUGACCAAGGCCUUCGCCGAGGCCCGGCAGAUGAAGGAGCAGCUGAAGAGAGAGCAGCAGGUCCUGGACGCCAAGGUUGCCGCCGUCAGCAACCUGAGCCUCAACAAUGGACGCUCGGACAAGGACAAGGCUGCCUUGGAGAGUCUGAGUCAACAGCUGAAGCAGCAGGCAGAGGACAAGUUCAGCCACGCCAUGCUGGACUUCACCAUGAGCGGAGACUCUGACGGCUCCCCCAGCGUGUCAGACUCCAGAAUAUUCCGGGAGGCCCGGGGUCGUGGCAGCGCCGAGCCGCACAUCAAGCGGCCGAUGAACGCCUUCAUGGUUUGGGCCAAGGACGAGAGGAGAAAGAUCCUGCAGGCCUUCCCCGACAUGCACAACUCCAACAUCAGCAAGAUCCUCGGCUCCCGCUGGAAAGCCAUGACCAACCUGGAGAAGCAGCCCUACUAUGAGGAGCAGGCCCGCCUCAGCAAGCAGCACCUGGAGAAAUACCCCGACUACAAGUACAAACCGCGACCCAAACGCACCUGCCUGGUGGACGGCAAGAAGCUGCGCAUCGGCGAGUACAAAGCCAUCAUGAGGUCCCGCAGGCAGGAAAUGAGACAAUACUUCAGUGUGGGGCAGCAGGGCCAGCAUCCCUUGUCCUCCGCAGGCGUGGUUUACCCAGGUGCCCUCUCCAUGGCCGGAAUCCCCUCACCCCAAAUGCCCUCAGAGCACUCAAGCAUGUCCAGCAGCCCCGAGCCCAACGCCAACCACCACCAGAACCCCCACAUGGCUGGCCUGAAGGGGGACGAGCCACGCAUCAAGGAGGAGGAGCUGCGGCUGGACGACAGCAACGGAGACGUGUACGACGACUUCGACUACGAGGACGAAGAAGCAGAUUACACCAGCGAUAACGACAACCAUAUCACCCAAUAGGGCGGCACGACAGACACCUAUUUAGAAGCCAAUCACUGCUGGUUGAUCCCACACAAUCCCCAACCCACCAAUCAGGAAGAAGACUUUCUCUUUUUGCCAAUCACCUUAUGUCCCUAUCUCACAACCCCCCCCCCCCUCCCUCCCUCUCCUGACUCACAUGGACUCUUUUAACAGAGCCAAGCCCCUCCCACUGGAGUCCUGAUACCAGCAUCUGAUCAAUCAACGGAAGCACAGGACCUGUCACUCACACUGACUGUAACACAAACUGGAGUCUGGGAGGACGAGACGACCAAGCCGGCCUCCGACGCUUGCUGAGGAAUAAUCAAGUACUACUGCAAGAUUUUGAGUGUAAUGCCACGAGUGAGGAGAAAUCAAUAUCACACUCAAAAAGCAACCUUUUAGACCCGUUUGUAGAAAAAGGAGACAUUUUAAAGACGAAAGACGGAUCAGUGGACCUGUCAAAGGCUAACAGAUGACACUUUAAGAUGGCGGACCUUUAUUAUCAAGAGACACUUUUAAGAAAACAGCUUUUUUUGUUCUUUGGUUCUAUUAUAUUCUCACUCAGGUACACGGUGCCAAUAAGUGGCUUGUGAAUGUGAUUUGUUGUUUUUUGUGCUACAAGUUUGAAUAAUAAUAGAAAAAAGAGACUUUUCUUUUUUCCCCCUUUUGUUGUAAAGCACCUGACAGACAUCCGACAUGUUUAUUUUUAACAAAAACAUAUCUUUUCUUCGACCUCUCGGUGUGCUGUCAGCGGUUCGCCCCCUUUUUUUCUCUGCGUUUUUGUGACUGCCCACUCCCCCAUUGGAACCCGAUUGGGACGGUCCAGACAGGACUGACCAGUGCAGCAUGGACUGUCCCAUUUUAAGGGGAUUUUCAAGGGGGAGUCUCUGGCGUCCGGGAGCAGAAACGAAAGCACUGUGUUGUGAGACAAUCCACCAGUCUUCUUCUCGCUCCGUCCCUAUAUCUUUAUCUCGUCCGGGGCAAAACAUCAGUACGACUUGGCUUUGAGUGUGUGUUGGUGUGUGCUGUGUGCGUAGAAUCUCAUUUUCAGUACGAGAAAAAGGCUCAAAACGUCUAAGAUAUAGAAAGACAGGCUUACACUGCUGCUGUUAUUAAUUGUAACACACACACACGCAUAUACACACUCUCACACACACACACACAACUGUUGUUCUGUCCCUCAGUGUUUUCCUGCUCCCUCCAAUCAACAUCGUCCUGCUGCCCCCAGUGGGCGGAGCUGAGCUGAAGCAGCCAGUCAGUGUUUCUGUUUGUAUUUGAAUACUGUAUUUUAUUAUUUCUCUUCAAACUGCCUCUAGUCUAAUAAUAUUAUUAACAAUAAUUAUAAGGAUGGUCAGCGUUUCCUAAGUUUAGUAAGUUAUGUACAGUAUAAUUUAUUUUUCUCCUCUUUAUUGGGUUUUAUGACCAUAUGAAACUAUGACAGUCAAUGAAACAUUAUUCUAUUUAGCUGGUAGAUAUUUAGAUCUAAACAAAAGUUGUUAUUUUACCUUGCUUUGUUUUGCAUUUGUUUGUUCCCUUUUGUUUUUUGAUGCGUUCGUUUUGUAUUAAUCCUGCGGACGGUUGGGCGGGCGGAGUUAGGACAGCGCGCUGGACUGACGGACUCGACGCCGGCCCUCCUCUGAGCUGAAGACGUAACCUUUUGUUGUCCAAACCCAUUUCUAAAAAGCACUCAGACUCUGAGAAAAAGAAGAACAUCAUUUUUUUUUAUUGUUAUUAUAAUUUUAUUUGUAACGGUUAUUAUAAUGUAUAAUGUGAAGUUUCCUCUCUUUUAUUUUUACCUUUUAUUUGAAUUUCUUACCCUGGAAAUCAGUUUUAUCACUUUUAGAAACUGUUUUCUGUGAACAAAGAGUCCCGUCCCCGUUUACUAGUUAUGGCUGCCUCACCCAGACACAGUGGAACAUCUUCGGCUUGGAUCCACACACACAUACGUGCACAAACACAAUCACUAACACACACACACAUUUCAAAUGAAGAGAUUAUCAUAACAACCAAACAAAUCCUAUGCUGUCCUUUUUCUGUUUUUAUGAAAUCUAGUAUUCUAGAUUUAAAAUCCUGUACAUAUACUUAGUUUGGUGUUUUUGUUUUUGAAUCAUAGGAAAGCAGUGUUUACCGUGAUCCACCAGGGUGUUCCACUGUCUGUGUGUGUGUGUGUGAGACGGCCAGGAGUAUAUACAGUAUCUUUAAAGUCACUUCUCAUCAGGAGCCCUUUGCUUUGUUUGAGCUCCACGCGGCGCUACAGGAGCCAUGACUACUCUUCAGGUGUGCUGUCACAUAGUGAUCCCCACAAUCAUUAUCGCUGUAGAUGUUCGCCACAUAAUGAGCCUCUGGGUCUUAGUUUUGCUGUAUAGUCACCCCUGUUAUCACACCAUGGUUCAACCCGAUGCUGGAGAGAACAGGGUUAAGUGGAACAAUCCACUUUUAGGGUAUCAGGUAGGUAGG